AUGGCUCAGACCGUGCAGAACGUUACAUUGUCGCUCACUCUGCCCAUCACAUGUCACAUCUGCUUGGGGAAGGUACGCCAACCUGUCAUAUGCAUCAACAACCAUGUAUUUUGUUCAGUUUGUAUCGAUUUGUGGUUGAAGAAUAAUAGCCAAUGUCCAGCCUGCAGAGUCCCCAUCACUCCUGAAAAUCCUUGCAAAGAAAUUAUUGGAGGAACAAGUGAAAGUGAGCCCAUGCUAAGCCAUACAGUCAGGAAGCAUCUUCGGAAAACUAGACUUGAAUUACUCCACAAAGAAUAUGAGGAUGAAAUAGACUGUCUGCAGAAAGAGGUAGAUGAACUUAAGAGUAAAAAUCUCAGCUUGGAAUCACAGAUCAAGACUAUCCUGGAUCCUUUAACCUUGAUGCAGGGCAACCAAAAUGAAGAUAAACUUCCAGUUGCAGAUAAUCCAAGUAAAAUUGACCCAGAAACUGUAGCAGAGUGGAAGAAAAAGCUUAGAACAGCUAACGAAAUCUAUGAAAAAGUGAAAGAUGAUGUGGAUAAGCUAAAAGAGGCAAAUAAAAAAUUGAAAUUGGAAAAUAGUGGCCUGGUGAGGGAGAAUUUACGACUGAAAGCUGAAGUUGAUAACAGAUCACCUCAGAAGUUUGGAAGGUUUACAGUGGCUGCUCUGCAGUCCAAAGUAGAGCAGUAUGAACGUGAAACCAAUCGUCUCAAGAAAGCACUGGAACGAAGUGAUAAAUAUAUAGAGGAACUGGAGUCUCAGAUUACACAGCUGAAGAAUUCAAGUGACGAGAAGGAAGCGAUGAAUGCCAUUUGUCAGAGAGCACUUUCUACAGACAGCAAGGGGAACAAAGGCACUGAGGAGGAUAUGGCAUCCAAGAACCAAGGUGAUGGUGCCAGAAAGCAGCUCGGCUCAGCCCCCUCGAGUUCUCAUCUGGCAAAACCUUCUAGCAGUUCUGUCAGGCAGGAAGGCACCGGCAAAGCAGAAGCAAACUGUUCUAAGAACCAAGACCUGUAUCAGAAGCGAGUGGAAACAAUGCUCACUGUGACAGAUACAAGUAUGGAUACCUAUCUGGAAAGAGAAUGGGGAAAUAAGCCAAGUGAUUGCGUGCCCUACAAAGAUGAAGAACUCUAUGAUCUUCCAGCUUCCUGUACUCCUUUGUCCCUUAGUUGUCUUCAGCUCAAUACGCCAGAUAACAGAGAGAGCUCUGUGGUCAAAGCAGGAGGGUCUAAAAAGCAGUCAAACCAUCUCAGAAAAUUGAUGUUUGAUGAUUUCUGUGAUUCUCCGAAUGUGUGUAAUAAAGAUUCUUCAGAAGAUGAUAGAAGUGAGAGUGAAAAGAAAUCAGAGUGUUUUACUUCCCCAAAGACAGGGUUUUGGGAUUGUUGUUCCACAAGCUAUGCCCCCAGCUUGGACUUUGAAAGCUCAGAGGAGAACACAAUAGCAAAUUGUGUUGGAGAAAUUUCUUCAAAAUUGAGUGAGAAACCAGGUUCAUGUUUAUCCAAGAGGUUGAAUUCUCUCCGCUCUUUUGAAAUGAAUCGGACAAGAACAUCCAGUGAAGCAUCAAUGGAUGCAGCUUACCUUGACAAAAUCUCGGAGCUGGAUUCAAUGAUGUCAGAGUCAGACAAUAGCAAGAGCCCCUGUAAUAACGGUUUUAAGUCGCUGGACUUGGAUGGGUUAUCAAAGUCAUCCCAGUGCAGUGAAUUCCUUGAGGAAACAGAUAAGUUGGAAGAAAGAACUAAACCAAAUCUUUCUAAAGGUUCUCUGACUACUGAUCAGUUAGAAAAUGGAAAUGAAUGGAAACCCAAUUCUUUUUUUCUCCUCUCUCCAUCUGACCAAGAAAUGAAUGAAGAUUUUUCACUCCAUUCCAGUUCAAACCCUGGAACAAAUGAAAUCAAACCACCAAGUUGUUUGUUUCAGACUGAGUUUUCCCAGGGUGUUUUGCUAAGCAGUACAAACCGGCUAUUUGAGGAUCAAAGGUUUGGGUCAUCUUUGUUUAAGAUGUCCUCAGAGAUGCCUGGUCUUCAUAACCACCUUCAGUCUCCUUGGUCUACUACUUUUGUGCCUGAAAAGAGGAAUAAAAAUGUGAAUCAGUCAGCAAAAAGAAAAAUCCAGAGCAGCCUUUCCAAUGCCAGCCCAUCAAAAGCAACUAAAAGUUGA